AUGGCUGCACUCAAUCUAGUAGGAAAGUCUGUAUUCGUGACUGGUGCAAGUAGAGGACUUGGACUCGAAAUCACAAAGGAGCUCCUGGCAAGAGGUGCAUAUGUACAUGCUAUAGGAAGGUCCUCACAGCCAUACUUCCAUCCAAACCUUACAUAUCAUCAGAUGGAUCUGCAGCUCCAAAAGCCUGAUCUUGGCAUUUCAUUUGAUAUUGUGAUCUCAAACCUUGGCACAAGUGUUGGCAACAAGCGAUUCUGUGAUAUGGAGUACCAGGAGAUCACUGGCAUGCUGCAAAUGAAUGUAGAACUACAGCUGUGGCUGCUCAAGAACAUCUCAUACACAAAGUUUGUGUUUAUCAAUUCCGUCCUGUCCCAACAAGGAUUACCUGAAUACUCCAUGUACUGUGCAUCAAAAGCAUUCAUCCACACACUCAAUCAAUCAUUAAGGCGCGAAGGUAAAGAUACAGUCAUCAUAUAUCCAUACAAGAUAAAUACAACACUAUUCAACGAAAUAAGAGACGUGUGUGCACUCGAUGCAAAGGCAGUGGCUGUCAGAGUUGUAAAAGAUAUCGAAAACGGAACAAGAGAAGAUUUCAUGCCAUGGAUAUUCGGGCCCAUCAGCCACAUCUUCAGAAUCAUGCCUCUUUUCAUUCAAGAUCUCCUUGCAAGGAUAAUAAAAUCUGUGUUCUAUCCACAGAUAAACAGAAAACAAGUAUAA